AAUGCCAGGGAGUUAUGGCGUUACGCAUCGACACUAUUUUCAGUCACUCAGUUUUUCAACAGGUCAUGGAUGCUGCCAUCGCCUUCCGAAACGAGUGGGCGUUGUCUGGAUUACUGGGCGUGGCCGCUACUAGCCUGGGUCUCAUUCUGUACUUGAGGCGAGGCCCGUGUUAUAACAACCGAAUGAAAAGAAACGCUAGCACGAGCAGUGUGAGUUCUGUCUCGUCAGAAGAAUCCUACUCCUACGACGACGGCCUGUCUGGCUCCAACUUGUCCGUCUUCGAGUACGACUCGCUCGGCUCCUCGGACACCGACUGUGACGUCAUCCCCUCCAACACCGUCACACACAGACGUCAAAACCUCGAGUCAGACACCUACCUAGCCGUCCCCACUCCUUCUGCAGCUACUGCUGCAGGAAACAGAAUGUCACCACGUCGCAGAAUUCGCUACACCAACGUCGGCGUCCACCGGCCACCGCUAGUGAAUAAAAAAAUGUCAGGUCUGGAGGAAAAGCCGCAAGGAGAUUUUGUCUUUUCAGCGAAUAACAGAAGUUCUGAGAAAAGUCUUCUUCAUCCAUCAAGCAAUGUUCGCAAAAGAGCUGGCGAAAAAGAGGUGCUGCUGACAACAACGUCGUCCAGGAUCAAACAGAUGGAUUCCGACACCGCCAUUAAAAUUCUCAGAGAUUUGGGCACCGACGAGGAACCCAGCAAAGACGCGAUACAACUCUUCCAUAACUGGCUCGCAACGCCGUCAGAUCUUCUGGCGUCAUCUCUCCUCGUAACGUCAUCUCCUCUCGUGAAUGCAUCUCUCGUGACGUCAUCUGCUCUCGUGACGUCAUCUACCUCCGGAAUGCCGUCUGGUGAUAAGGUUAUUGAGUUGUUGAAAGUAGAUAGCGGCGCGGGUUUGAACGUUUUCAUCUCAUGGUAUCGGGAAAUCUGGGGACAGACGUACUGCCCGGGUUACAAACAGCGAGGCAUUGUGCAUAGAUCUUCUCACUUUUUACAACGGCUGUUGUCGUCUGACGAGGAAAACCACCCUGACAAGAUGGACGUUUUUCACAAAUGGCUUGCAGCGCCUUCUGGCGGCGAAAAAGCCGUCGAUGAUGGCUUAAACAUAUUCGUGAACUGGUACCGAGAUGUGAACAGCGCAGAGGGUGCCGACGAUUUCAAGACGCUGUCCGUUCUACAGAAAGGUUCCUACCCAUUCCUUCGAGAGCUGUACCUUGACAGUCAGCAUAAGAAGAAGAAGGCGGUUGUGAGGAAUGUGGAAUCAGUGACCAGCCCACGGAGUGUCGUCACCGUCAACGACGCUCACAGUCACCAGGCAGACAGCCCGGGCUCAGCGACACGUAAAAGACAACGGGUUAACAAGAAACAGAGGGAUGAAAACACGCACCAGAGGAAUUCUAGUUGAUAUAAUGUAACAUCAGUGAAAACAUUCUUCAAAACUGAAGGACUAUUUAGUUGGGUCUGGGUCUAGUGAGUCUGGCGCUGGCAAAAUGGAGCAUAGUAUUCUACCGUCUGCCAGCAAUACCUGUAGUUCGCGCCAAAAACAGACGCAGUGUUUUUCUUUCUUUCUUUGUAUCUCUCUCUCACUCUCUCUCUCUCUCUCUCUCUCUCUCUCUCUCUCUCUCUCUCUCUCUCUCUCUCUCUCUCUCUCUCUCUCUCUCUCUGUGUGUGUGUGUGUGUGUGUGUGUGUGUGUGACACAUUCGAUGAGUGAAUUUUUCUCUUUUUUUUUUCUUCUUCUUUUUUUUCACUAGUACUAUACUCACUAGACCCAGACCCCGAUACAGACCCAAUUCAGGUGUGUUUUGGGCCUUUCUAGAAGAAAAUAUUAAAACGUUACGCUUAUCACUAUUGAAAUGUUCAUAUUUCAGAUUAAGUUAGUUGCAUAAAAUAUAUUAUUUAAAUAAAAAAAAAAAAUUGCUAAAUAUU